GGUGACGCAUCAUCAUGUUGUCUUGUUUCACGGACCUGACUCCGUCCUCGCACUAUCUCACGUUAGUAGCACGCCGGGUCUCGUCCACCGCCGACUUUAUUCCUCGGUCAAUCACGAUCGAUCGCGGACGGCCGAUGUCGCUCAAUAAAAAAGACAUUAAAAAAAGUUUAGUGUUAUUAAUGUGCUAGUGUUAUCUUAAAUGUCAAACGUGUUUAACUGUUGCGUGCAGGACCAGAAAGGGUCGCUGGAGAAACUGAAUCCGAUGGAGAAGGAGCAGUUGAAUGGCUAUUCUGUGGCUGUUCCGAAGUCGUGUCCCUUCGUCAGUGAAGGGAAGGCUGAGGGCCAGCGAGGGUCCAAGCCGAACCUCCGCAUCAGGGUUCCUCAGCCGCUGAAGCUGAAGAACCACCUCGCUCAGGAUGAGAACUACGACUUGCUGCACUCACAUGUCGAUGAGAUCAGUAGUUAUACAACGAAAUGUUCGGAGAAGGUGUGUCAGUCCAGCGUGAUGGACAUCCCUGGCCGCGGCUCCGUGUUGAGAACCCCUGACGAGGUCUACAGUGAUGCGCAGAUCCUACUGCAACAGUACUUCGCUUCCAUACGAAGAGAGAACUCGGAGGCCCACGUGCGGCGCCUCAAGGAGGUCCGCGAUGAGCUCACAGAGACCGGCACCUACAAGCUGAAGACCGCCGAGCUGGUGUUCGGGGCCAAGCUGGCCUGGAGGAACGCCGCCCGCUGCAUCGGCCGGAUACAGUGGAAGAAGCUGCAGCUGUUCGACUGCAGGGAGGUGACGACGGCCACCGGCAUGUUCGAGGCUCUCUGCACUCACAUCAAAUACGCCACCAACAAAGGCAAUAUCAGGUCAGCAAUAACCAUCUUCCCUCCCCGCACGGACGGGCAGCACGACUACCGGAUCUGGAACCCGCAGCUGAUCACGUACGCCGGGUACCGCCAGCCGGACGGUGGCGUGCUGGGUGACCCCGCCAGGGUCGAGUUCACUGAUAUAUGCAUCCAGCUGGGCUGGAAACCCAAGUACACAGCGUGGGACAUUUUGCCCCUCGUACUGUCCGCCGACGGCAAAGAUCCAGAGUUCUUUGAAAUACCUCGAGACAUAGUCAUGGAGGUACAUUUGGAGCACCCCGAGUUUGAUUGGUUCAAAGAGCUGCAGCUUCGCUGGUACGCGUUGCCCGCCGUCUCCAGCAUGAGGUUCGACUGCGGAGGUCUGGAGUUCACGGCGAAUGCCUUCAACGGCUGGUACAUGAGCACUGAGAUCGGCUGUCGAAACCUCUGUGACUCCAACAGGUUCAACACUGUUGAGACCGUAGCCAUGAAAAUGGGAUUGGACACAAAAUCGUACACGUCUCUGUGGAAAGAUAAAGCGUUGGUCGAAGUGAACCUCGCCGUGCUGCACAGCUUCCACCGAGACAACGCGACAAUCGUAGACCACCACACUGCGUCCGAACAGUUCAUUAAGCAUUUGGACAAUGAAAACAAAAGCAGAGGCGGAUGUCCGGCCGACUGGAUAUGGAUAGUGCCUCCGAUGUCGUCUUCUCUCACGCCAGUGUUUCAUCAAGAAAUGGCGCUUUACUACUUCAGACCUUCUUACGACUAUCAGGAACCAGCAUGGAAGACCCACCAAUGGAAGAAGCCGGCUAAGUCGGAGGGCAAGCGAAAGUUCCACUUCAAGCAGAUCGCCAGAGCCGUCAAGUUUACAUCCAGAUUGUUCGGCCAUGCCCUCUCUAAGCGAAUCAAAGCCACAAUACUGUACGCCACUGAGACGGGCAAAUCUGAACAGUAUGCCAAGGAGCUAGGAAAUAUAUUCGGUCACGUUUUCAAUGCACAGGUACAUUGUAUGUCGGAAUACGAUAUGUUCUCAAUAGAGCAUGAAACUCUUUUACUGGUAGUGACUUCAACAUUCGGUAAUGGCGAGCCACCUGCGAAUGGUGUGGAAUUUGCCGACCACCUGUUUCAAAUGUUCUACCACGAGCAACAGUAUCAAGGCCAUCAAGUAACAGAUUUCAGUGCCGGGAGUAUGAAACUGAAAACCCCGACCCCAAAAUCAUUGAUGAGAGCCAACAGCAUCAUGACCCCCGUCACUGAAUUCAAGAAGCCACUGUCGCGACUUGAAUCACUGAAAAGCAGUGUGGCUACGUCAUCUAUCGAUGGGCACAUCGGUCCACUCAGCAACGUCUGCUUCGCCGUGUUCGGUCUGGGAUCAAGUGCAUAUCCAAAAUUCUGCAACUUCGCUAAAACCGUUGACAAAAUUCUCGGUGAUCUCGGAGGGGAAAGACUCCUAGAAAUUGGAGUUGGAGAUGAAUUGUCAGGACAAGAGCAACAGUUCCAUCUGUGGGCUUCAAAUAUUUUUCAAGUAUCAUGUGAAACGUUUUGUCUUGAAGAUAACGAUAUGGUAAAAAAUGCAAAAAGCGUAUUUGGUUCUAUGCCAUUGACUGAAGAAACCGUUCGAUUUGGCAAAGUGACUGAAGCGGUACCUAUGAAGUCAGCUCUAGAAACUGGUUUCCGAAGACAGUUGGUAUCAUGUACCGUGAAAGAAAACAAAAACCUGGGACAUUGUUGUUCAGAACGUGCUACAAUAUUCGUCGAUCUAGAACCAAUAGAACAUAUAAAAUAUGAUCCAGGUGACCAUGUUGGAAUAAUGGCAUGUAACAGAAAAGAAAUCGUUGAUGCCGUUUUGGCGAAACUUACUGAUGUGGACGAUUAUGACAAACCGAUGCAAUUACAGAACAUGAAGGAAACUCUUACAGUCACAGGUGCAUUCAAAAAUUGGCAUCGUCACGAACGCAUAUCAGCAAUGACAGUCCGGGAUAUUUACACUCGAUUUUUGGAUAUCACAACACCGCCUUCCAUCUCAGUUCUAAAAUAUUUAGCAAGCAAAUGCAGCAAUGAAAAUGAAGCAAACGAACUGAAGAAAUUAGUUGCGGACACGGAAGAAUAUGAUGACUGGCGACAUUUCCACUAUCCGAACUUGGCUGAAGUGUUGGAAAUGUUUCCUUCGUGCAAACCAAAAGGAUCUCUAUUAGCAGCUAUUUUACCACCUCUACAACCACGAUUCUAUUCAAUAUCAUCCUCGUUAUUGGCUCAUCCUAACAGAGUACACUUGACAGUGGCUGUUGUUAGAUAUAACACAAGAGAUGGAGAGGGCCCCGAACAUUAUGGCGUAUGCUCCACAUUUUUACAAACACGAAAACCUGGCGAUGAAGUUUUUGCAUUUAUAAGACGAGCCCCCAGUUUUCAUAUGCCAAAAGACAUAACAGCACCGAUUAUCCUAGUAGGACCCGGUACUGGAGUGGCACCGUUCCGAGGAUUCUGGCAUCAUCGGAGAGAACUGUUGAAGGAAGAUCAAGCCAACCCUGGUGCCAUGUGGCUGAUAUUUGGCUGCAGAAAUCAAGGCCUAAAUCUGUAUGAAGAGGAAAAAGCAGAGGCACUAAAGAACGGAGUGCUCACUAAGUCUAUGGUGGCGCUAUCGAGAGAGGAUGGAGUUGAGAAGAAAUACGUUCAGAACAUUCUAGAAGAGGAAGGACCUGCAGUGUGCCGUAUGUUGCUGGAAGAAGGUGGACACUUCUACGUGUGCGGUGAUUGCAAAAUGGCGGAAGACGUCAUGCACAAGCUGAAAGGAAUCAUGAAAGCGCACGCUGGAAUGACUGACGAGGAAGUCGGCAACUGUAUCCUUGGCUUGAUGGACGACAACAGAUACCACGAAGACAUAUUCGGCAUUACUCUUCGCACUGCGGAGGUACACCGAGAUUCCAGGGACCUGGCCAAGAGGACUCGCCUGGAAUCAAUGCAAUCUCAACACUGAAUUCACUAAUAAGUAUAUGUAUAAGAGACAAAUUUUACAAUGGAGACUGAACUGUACCCAGUGAAAUGAUUGAAUUUGUGUUGUUACUUUUAUUUAUGAAUCAGGUGGCCUUGCAUGCGAUUGAAAGUUUGAAAAUUAAAUCAUUAAGUACAACAAAACUAAACUUAAAUAAUUCAAACAUACAUUUGAAACAUCUCAUCUUUUUAAGCGCGCUAUGCUAGGCCUCUUGUUGAAUCUUAAUUUUAGGAAAUGAAAAUCUAUAGAUAUAAGUACUUAAAAUAAUUUAAUAUAGUGUGUUACGGUCGAUAUCACGAGCGUCAUUGUCGUUGACAGGUUAAUACAAUGCAAUUAUAUAUUUCUUAGUAAUUAAGAACAA